GCUGUUGCAUGACAGACAAAGGCCGUCUGCGUCCAUAUGAUUAUUUAUGGUGACGUCAUUUUGUUUUCGUUGUGUGCGGGGGCAGAAGAAGCUGCUGAUCGCAAUCCUGUCACCCUGCUCCUCCUCCUCCUGUUGCUCCUCCUCCUCCUCCUCCUGCACCAGCAGCAGCAGGGAUCAGGGAUGCUGGUGUCCGGCCUUCCCCGCCUCGUUCCUCGGUGUUCGGUGUGAUCGGUGACUCGAAGCUCGGUUCUCGGUCAUGGUUCAGAAAUCCCGGAACGGCGGGGUUUUCCCCGGAGCUCAGGCCGAUCAGAAGAAGGUCGGCUUCGUUGGUUUGGACGGCGGAGCAACCGAGUCCAGCAGAGACGGAGCUCUGCUCAUCUCAGCUGUGGAGGAGGGGCCUCGGCGGCAGCGCAGCAGUGUCUCUGGAGGAAAACGACCUCCUAAAAGAAACGCCCUCUACAGGCGACUGCAGAAUUUUCUCUACAACGUCCUAGAGAGACCAAGAGGAUGGGCCUUCAUCUACCAUGCCUACGUGUUCCUGCUCGUGUUCUCCUGCCUCGUUCUUUCCGUUUUCUCCACCAUCAAAGAAUAUGAGAAGAGUUCAGAGGAUGCCCUUUACAUCCUGGAAGUGGUCACCAUUGUAGUGUUUGGGGUGGAGUACAUGGUGAGGAUCUGGGCUGCAGGCUGCUGCUGUCGAUACAGAGGCUGGAGAGGACGACUCAAGUUUUCCAGGAAACCGUUCUGUGUCAUUGACAUCAUGGUGCUGAUUGCGUCCAUCUCUGUGUUGGCGGCGGGGACUCAGGGAAACGUCUUUGCCACGUCAGCGAUUCGUUCUCUUCGGUUCCUUCAGAUCCUGAGGAUGAUCCGUAUGGACCGCAGAGGAGGAACCUGGAAGCUGCUGGGAUCAGUGGUCUACGCCCACAGCAAGGAGCUGAUCACAGCCUGGUACAUCGGUUUCCUGUGUCUCAUUCUGGCAAGUUUCCUUGUUUAUUUGGCAGAAAAAGAAGAUAACGAUCAGUUUGAGACGUACGCCGACGCCCUCUGGUGGGGACUGAUCACCUUGACAACCAUUGGUUAUGGAGAUAAGUUUCCCAUCACCUGGAACGGUCGUCUUCUUGCUGCCACCUUCACUCUGAUUGGAGUUUCAUUCUUCGCUCUGCCUGCGGGGAUCCUUGGUUCUGGUUUUGCUCUGAAGGUUCAGGAGCAGCACAGACAGAAACACUUUGAGAAGAGACGGAACCCAGCAGCUGGACUCAUACAGGCAGCGUGGAGAGUUUAUGCCACAAAUCUGAGCCGAACUGAUCUGUCGUCAACGUGGGACUACUACGAGAGAACAGUGUCUGUCCCCAUGUACAGGCUGAUUCCGCCGCUCAAUCAACUGGAUUUACUGAGGAACCUGAAGAACAAGUCAGGACUCUCUUUCAGGAAAGAUGUCCAGCCUGAACAGUCUCCCAGUCAGAAAGUCAGUCUGAAGGAGAGGGUUUUUUCAUCCCCCCGAAGUUCAGGAACCAAAGGAAAAGGUUCUCCACAGCACGUGGUUCCAUCCAUUGGCCCCGGUGUUGCUCCUGGUCCUGGAGGUCCAGGGGGAGUCCAGACCCUGAGGCGUUCCCCUAGUGUGGAGCCAUGUCAGGAGGAAAGUCCCAGCAAGGUCCCAAAAAGUUGGAGCUUCGGGGAACGAAGCCGAACCCGGCAGGCCUUCAGAAUCAGAGGAGCUGCCUCCCGACAAAACUCUGAGGUGCUGAUAGAGAUGCAGGACGAAGAGUUCAGACAGAAGAGCUCACCAGAUGCGAGUCUUCCAGGAGAAGACAUGGCUGACGACAACAAGAGCUGCCACUGUGAGUUCGUCCCUCAGGACCUGACGCCGGGGUUAAAGGUCACCAUCAGAGCCAUCUGGUAUCAAAGCUUUAAUUUUGUUUCAUCAGAGAAAAUCUUGUUGUUUUUUUCACUUUCUGGACUCAUCGUUCAUUUUUGGCUUCACUCACUUUUGUUUGCUGUUUAUGAUUCAUUAUUGUUUUGUUUUUAUUGGUUUGUGCUUGCCCAGGGUCAAAGGUCACCAUCAGCUGUGGGCAUCAUGCGCUUCAUGGUUUCAAAGAGGAAGUUCAAGGAGAGUCUUCGUCCUUACGACGUCAUGGACGUGAUCGAACAGUACUCGGCCGGACACCUGGACAUGUUAGCACGAAUCAAGAACCUGCAGUCCAGAGUGGAUCAGAUCGUCGGCAGAGGGACGCCCGUCACAGACAAAGACCGCCCAAAAGCGUCCAGCGAGGAGCUUCCUGAUGACCCGAGCAUGAUGGGACGUCUGGGGAAGGUGGAGAAGCAGGUCCUGUCCAUGGAGCGGAAGUUAGACUUCCUGGUUAACAUCUACAUCCAAAGAAUGGGAAUUCCUCAGGCUGAAACCGACGCUUACUUUGGAUCCAAGGAGCCGGACCCAGCACCGCCCUACCACAGUCCUGUGGACCAGCUGGACAAAAACCAGUCCAUGUCCAAAAACCCACAGGUGUUGCCUGGCGACCAUGUGGAGAAGACUCGCUUUAGGAUGAAGAUGGUUCGCUCUAGCAGCUCCACCGGACACAGGAACUACAGCGCCCCCACAUGCCCGCCCUCCACCUCCUGGCAGCCCAUUAGCUCCCAGCUCCCUCAACAGGUUCCGCCCCCCCCUCAGGGUAGCCAUGGCAACACGCCGAGUCCAGUGGGAGACAGGUCUCUGGUUCGACUCCCACCCCCUCCGGCUGGAGAGAGGCACGGUGGGAACCGAUCGAACCGUCAGAGCACCGGAGAACGAGGAGGGGCGGAGAGAGCAGAGCAGGGAGGGGGGGCAGGGGGCGGGGAAGAGGAGGUGAAAGUGGACAGCGACACGUCCGUCUCCAUCCCGUCUGUGGACCACGAGGAGCUGGAGCGCUCGUUCAGCGGCUUCUCCAUCUCACAGUCCAGAGAGAACGUGGACUUCCUCAACAGCACCUUCUACAACAGAGCAGGGGGUGGGGCAACGCUCUGCGCCGCCGUACGCCCCUACAUCGCUGAGGGCGAGUCCGACUCCGACUCGGAGCUCUGUGCCCCUUCACCUCACUCGGACCAGGUUUGGACCGGAACCAAGUAGAAGUGAACCAGCAGAACAUUAAAGACUUUGAACUGUAGAGGGUGGUGUCACACCGCUCAUCAUCAGAAGAAGAGUUGAGAGCAAAGCAUCAUGGGAACACAGGUGUCUGCACUGUGUCUGAGUCUGACAUGCCCACGUCUGAUUGUAAGCUUGUCUGUAUUAAAAGUAUGCUAUCACUUUAAUAUUGUGUUUGCUGUCGUCACCAUGACGACGGCUUUUCUUUUUUAACGUCUUCUGUAUCAAUGUUCAAACAUCGUAAUAAAACCUUCUGUUUCUCUUG